AUGCAAGCCUAUGAUUAUACAUUAGAGCACAGACCAGGAAAAAACUUUGCUCAUGCAGAUCCUUUGAGCGGAUGCCCAUUACCAUUGGCAGGAGAAGACCCCGCAACUGAUUACACUGCCUUAUUAAUAAAGGAGCUGCACAGUCCCUUAACUGCAGCAGAUGUGUCCAAAAGCUCUGCCAAGGACAAAGUGAUAGCAAGGGUAUUGGAUUGGGUUAAAAGAGGUUGGCCCUUGGAUUCCUUGGGAUCAGACUUUAAAGCAUACAGAGCAAGGCAAAAUGAACUAUCAACCAUGAAAGGCUGUUUGCUAUUGGGACAUAGAGUGGUUAUUCCUGCCACAUUACAGAAACAAAUUCUAGACACCUUACAUGACAGCCACCCAGGAGUAGUACGAAUGAAAAGUCUGGCUAGAAGCUAUCCCAGGGAACCAGCUAUCCCAGGGAAAUGGAAGGCAAUUGAAUCCUGCCAACACAGGCAGUCCUUAUGUAUGGAAAGAUCAAUUCCUUCCCAAAGAAAAAUUAAGGAAAAACAUAUGCCACCACAGCAAGAGAGCCAACCCGUAUCUAUGGAAAAGGUAGCAGGCACAGGAAGUAAAACAGCACACCCUUCCAGCAAACAAGCUGACCCUUAUCUACAGAAAAAAGGGGACGACAUGGCAGAAACAGACUUCUGGAAAGCUGGCACAGAAGCCAUCCAGUAUCACUAUAACUGUGAAGAUGAUGGUUUCCAGUUGCUUGUGUACCGCAAUCAAGUCCAAGAGGUCCGCUUUAAAGUUGUGGAUGAAUUUGGGAAAGUCGUUGACGUUUCCAAUUGUCCCUUCUGUCGUCACUUGAUUAUAUCAGAUAAUAGGACAGUUACCUUCUCUGCUGGCUAUGGUAGUCGCUGCGGUAUAAUAAAGAAGGAUGGAAAACUUCACAUGAAAGUUCAUUUAGAGCAACUAACAAGGAAUGGAAGAGUAGCUGCUCAUGACAUCAACAUGAUCUGCCCGAAGCCACAGGAGCAUUUCACAACCCCAAUGUGGCCUCAGCCUGGUCUUGUGCACCCUAUCCAGCCAGGACAGAUUCCCCCAGGAGAGUCUCAACCCGGCCUAGUGCCCCCCAUCCAUCCAGGACAGAUUCGGCCAGGAGAGUCCCAGCCUGGCCUAAUGAGCCCCGUCCAGCCCGGACAGGUACGCCCAGGAGAAUCUCUGCCCGGUCUUGUGCGCCCCAUCCAGCCAGGACAGGUGCGACCAGGAGAAUCUCACACCGGCCGAGUGCGGCCCAUCCAGCCAGGACAGGUUUGCCCAGGAGAAUCUCUGCUCGGCCUAGUGUGCCCCAUCCAGCCAGAACAGGUGCGCCCAGGAGAAUCCCACACUGGCCUAUUGCGCCCCAUCCAGCCAGGACAGGUUCGCCCAGGAGAAUCUCUGCCCGGCCUAGUGCGGCCCAUCCAGCCAGGACAGGUGCGCCCAGGAGAAUCUCACACCGGCCUAGUGCAGCCCAUCCAGCCAGGACAGGUUUGCCCAGGAGAAUCUCUGCUCGGCCUAGUGUGCCCCAUCCAGCCAGGACAGGUGCGUCCAGGACAAUCUCUGCCCGGCCUUGUGCACCCCAUCCAGCCAGGACAGGUGCGACCAGGAGAAUCUCACACGGGCCUAGUGCGCCCCAUCCAGCCAGGACAGGUUCGUCCAGGAGAAUCUCACACCGGCCUUGUGCGCCCCAUCCAGCCAGGUCAGGUGCGUCCAGGAGAAUCUCUGCCCGGCUUAGUGCGGCCCAUCCAGCCAGAACAGCCAGGACAGGUUCGCCCAGUAGAGUCCGAGACCGGCCUAGUGCGCCCCAUCCAGCCAGGACAGGUGCGUCCAGGACAAUCUCUGCCCGGUCUUGUGCACCCCAUCCAGCCAGGACAGGUUCGCCCAGUAGAGUCCGAGACCGGCCUAGUGCGCCCCAUGCAGCCAGGACAGGUGCGUCCAGGACAAUCUCUGCCCGGUCUUGUGCGCCCCAUCCAGCCUGGGCAGGUGCGCCCAGGAGAAUCUCAAACCAGCCUAGUACGCCCUAUCCAGCCAGGACAGGUUCACCCAGGAGAGUCUCAGCCUGGCCUAGUGCGCCCCAUCCAGCCAGGACAGAUUCACCCCAGAGAGUCCCAGCCUGGCUUGGUGCGUCCAGGGCAGUUUCAGCCAGGCCUGGUGUAUCCAGGUGAAUCCCAACCUGGCCAACUUCUUCCACUUCAGCCAGACCAUGUUCGUCCAGGGGAGUCUUUUCCUGAGCAUGUGUAUUCAAUGGUCAUCCAGUCUCGUGUAGGUCGCCCUCUAACUCAGCAACAAUGCCAGGUUUCUUCUGGGAGAAUACCCUGUGCAGAUGUACAAGGACCAACAGCUUGUCAUCAAACAGGAUGCUGUUAUGAUGCUAGGGAUCAGGUGACUCCAUGCUACUAUGGCAACACAGUCACUGUUCAGUGCCUUCGAGAUGGCUACUUCAUUUUGGUAAUCUCCAGGGAUAUGUUGGAUUAUCCGAUCAUCCUGGAGAGUGUCAGACUCUCCUAUGCCCAAGCAAGUUGCAGUCCAGUCAGAAAAACAGAAUCUUUCCUGGUCUUCCGCUUUCCUCUCACACAGUGUGGCACAACUGUUCAGGUGACUGGUGGCAAAUUGAUAUACGAAAACCAGCUCGUUUCUGGCCUCGACAUCCUAAAAGGGCGAGAUGGCUCUAUUACACGAGAUAGUACCUUCAUGCUUCAUGCUCGUUGUAUCUACAAUGCUACUGAUUUCCUGCCACUUCAAGUUGAAGUGUUCUCACCUCCCAGUCCAGCUCCAAUUUUCCAAGUAGGACCUCUCCGGCUUGAGCUGCGCAUUGCCACAGAUUCAAGUUAUACCUCAUACUACUCAAAUUUACAAUAUCCUAUUGUGAAGAUCCUGAGAGAGCCUGUGCAUGUAGAGAUUCGCAUCCUACAGAGACUGGACCCAUCCCUGAUUCUGGUUCUCCAUGAUUGCUGGGCUACUCCAAGUUCAAAUCCCCUUGAGCAAUUACAGUGGCCAAUUCUAGUAGAUGGGUGCCCAUUUGAAGGAGACAACUACAGAACCGAGCUGGUGCCCAUGGGACCUGCUACAUCAGAGCUUUCCUUUCCUAACCACUACCAGCGUUUCAUCAUUUACACGUUCACAUUUGUGGAUUCUGCCCCUCAAAUGAUGCUAGAUGGUUCUGUGCACCUCUUCUGCAGCGUAUCUGUUUGCCAUCCCUCCGAUCAUGAUUCCUGCAGAGUUGCAUGUCAAAUGCCAGUGGCUUCAAGAGGCCGUCGGUUUUUGAAGGAGGCGAAUGAGACAGAAUCCAUGGACUUAAUAAGCACUUAUGGAGCUGUAAUUUUUCAAGAGAAUAUUCAUGAGAAACAAGUUGAGUGGAAGAGUGAUGUGAACUCCAGUGAAGACUUCACUCUGGUGCUUUUGGUGAUAGAAAAUCUGCCAUUAAGUGAUUACUUCCAGUAA